UAACAUUGAUCAGUCGGUAUUGAUGAUGAUGAUUUAUGAAAAAAUACCAAGUAUUUGGGAUAAGAUUUCAAAUGAAGGCAAGUGCUUUUGGGAAAAUAAUCAGCAAGAAGAACUGCCCCAUAUGACACUUGUUACAAGUCAUUGGUUUUUGACCAUGUUUAUUAAUAUUCUGCCUAUUGAGACUGUACUUCGCAUUUGGGAUUGCUUCUUUUUGUAAGUGUAAAUACUAUGACUGAUAUAAAUAAACCUAAACUAUCAUAGUGAGGGACACACUGUGUUAUUUCAAGCUGCUUUAACCAUUAUUCAAAUGAAUCAAGAAAGAAUUUCAAUGAUCAAAGAUCCAAUUGAAAUUUUUCAAAUCCUUCAAAAUAUGCCUAAAAGACUUAUUGAUUGCCACAGUUUCAUGGAUCAUGUCUUUUCACCUUCCAAUUUAUUUUCAACCAUCAACCCAUCUGAUAUUUCAAUCAAAAGAGAAUAUUUUAAUGAUAGGCUCAGGCAGCACUGUCAAUCAAAGAAGAGAUUCUAGUAAAUAAUGUAAAUAAAUAUAUUCAUGCAUAUCAUAGCAUCAUUAGUUGUUUCAAAAUCUACUGUCUUGAUGCACAUUGUCAUGUACUGGGAACAUUGUUGUUAUGUA